GAGUCUUAAACUCGCCGCAAGACAGUUGGGAUGACAGCUGCUCUGAUGUGUUCCCCAGACUCUGCCUUGACUGGCAGACCUGACGUCUGCCGUUGUCGUCGAGAGUCAAAGGCCCCGGAGAAAUCGAGCUCACAUCCCUGCACCAUCGUCGGUCUGCUUACUUAAUCUCGGUGACCAUCCCCGCAUCUCCCACGGAACCCCCUUAUCUCUCCCGAUAAUGCGGACCGGGGUCUUCGGCGUCAAGUCGGAGAACACCUUUGUUGGGACCUGCAUCUUUCAUCAAAUCAGUCAUCCGAGCAUGAUCCCAUGGCUCUCCCACCAGGUCAUGACCGCGACGUAGACCCACCUAUCAAGAAACAUGGCCGGCAACGGGACCCGGAGCCGAACCGGAUGUUUGGACUGUCGGCGGCGAAAGCGGAGGUGCGAUGAAGGGAAGCCAAAGUGCGCCAGCUGUCGCAGGCACGGCGUCGCGUGUGUGUACGUCAAGUCGAGCCAGUCUUCGCCGUCCAAGUUUCUCCUCUCCGUGGCAUCUGGCCACUUCAUCGCGCCGUUGGAGUCGCCGGCGAGCGAUUCCUUUGUGAACCUUCGAAGCGAUGAGCUAGCUCUCGUUUGUCAGCAGUACGCAGACGACUCCAGAGGGGUGUUGCCGUCGUCUCAAGAGCAUCUCAUGCCGGCUCUGAGCUGGCUGCCAAAGUCAAGCACGCUCGCCGGCGGACGAGAAAGCAUGAUGGUUCAGUACUACUUUGAGGUCAUUAGCAACAGCAGGGUGUAUGUUCCCAGCGAGAGGAACCUCUUCCGGACGUGUGUCAUGCCUAUCCUCCUCAGCAGCGGCGGCCCUCUCUUUUCUACCGUCCUGGCACUGAGCGCGGCGGAAAUGGUUCGGAGGACCCCGCAAGACGGGGUGGACUAUGCCGGGGCAGCUAUCCGGUACAAGAUCAACGCCUUGACGCAGCUGCAGUCGAAACUCGACACCGCUCUCGAAGCGGAAGAGAACCUCCUGACGUGUGUGCUCCAGGCCUCCCUAGAGAUAGCCGAGGGGUCUCGCCCGUCGUGGUUGAGGCACCUGCGGGGUGCUCUAGCCAUCAUGGAUGCCCACGGCGACUGGAUCACGCCCGAGUGUGCCGCUCUCGUUCUUCAGUAUUUUCGGUUUCGAUACAUCUUGAUGAAGACGACCGGAUGCAAAGCGCCGCAUCCUGAUGGACAGACUGACGACUGUGACGACGCCAUCCAGCGCCUCGAACGGCUCCUGCCAGGCCAAGGGACGUUCCAAACCAUUGACCCCCAGAUCGGCUGUUCUAUGGAGCUAGUUCAGUUGAUUAGCAUGGUCUCAGCAGGAGCUCAAAAGGAUGGCGAAUACUCGGAAGAGGGAUCACGUCUCGAGAGACGCAUUCGGGAGUUGGACUUUUCUGCCGAGGGCACGCACGACGACUAUCUCGUCAAAAGCGCCGAAUGUUUUCGGUCCGCUGCUCUGAUCUACCUCCAGCUGACUGUGUAUGGCGCUACCGUACGAACUCGGGCGAUUCCGCAGUUGUUGCAGACGCUGUUGGAUCGUCUUGGCGAGGUGAUUGUCGAGGACCAGCCGAGGCGAUCGUUCCCAAUGUGGCCGCUGUUCAUCGCGGGGUGUGUCAGUUCCAGCGAUGCACACCGCAAGGCUGUUCUUAAUCUUUUUAACCUGCUGGACAGAAAAUGGCCCAUCAGCAACAUCUCGACGGUGAAGAGAGUCGUCUGGACAAUCUGGCAGACGCGGGAUUUUGACGGCGGUGGUGCAACGUCUACGGAUAAAGAUUGGCAGGAGAUUAUUGAUAAGUUUGGAUGGAAGCUUUCCUUGUCGUAGUGAGGCUAAGGGAUAAGGUCUGGACUGGAUGUUGAUGAAGUGAGGUUCAAAAUGGGAUGUUGAAUACCUACAUGGACAACAGAGGUGGCUGUUUUGUGCAGCUGGUGAAGCAGUCGCUUUGGCCGAGAGAAGGUGGCCUACGACACCCCGCCUUCCCAGGACCGUGGUAAAUCCUCAAGACGGGAAGGCCCACCAAGCAUCCCAAGAUAGAUGGAGAGCGCCAGGGAGAGAACUCCAGGCCCGGAAACACAGGUCGGUCCGUGAACUGGGGUUGGUUGGA